UGCUGAUGCUGCUGCCGCCGUCGCGGCCGUGGGGAACAAUUCGCCACCCCAUGAUAAAAAUAGAAGCUCCUAGCCAGGCUAGCCGAACUCGAGGCUAGAGCCGAGGCGCGAGGCACCGCUCUAGCCGCGCUAGAACGGACGGACCGACGGACAGACGGACGGACGUACGUACGUACGUACGUACUUACGUACGUACAUACAUACGCGGCGCACCGGCGCAAGCUGGUGCCACGGCCCUGGCUGUGGUGCGGGUGCUGACGAUGACGAUGAUGCUGCUGCUGUUGCCGCCUGCCGCUGUGCACCGAGCCUCGUCGUCCGUCGUGCCGUGAAGGAAAUGCGCGCGUGUGUCUCCGUGCGUGCGUGCGUGCCUACCUGGUCGUCGCCAGUGUGCGUGUAAACGUGUCGGCAGUACCUCGCGCGACCAAAGGUUCUCUUCCUCUUCAUCUCCGUGCUUCCAAUUCGCGAGACGGACUCUCAGUGCCCACCGGCGGUCGCGGGGAACCCUUCUUCUCGCGGUGCCAGUCCCGUGGAUCUUAGUCAUCGACCGUUCCACCGUAGGCAGGUCCCCUCGCGGUGAUGACUCACCGGUGAAUCCGAUCGGAUCGUCCCCGAGGAAAGCGCGAUCGCGAGAGAUCGGAAGAGAGGAGCUUUCGCACGGGAAAGAGGGAAAGACGGAGAAAGAGGUAGAGAGAAGAAAGGAGGACACGGAGAAGCCGAAACAGAGGGAAAAGGCGAGAGCUGGAGACAUCGAGUACUGAAAGAGAGAGAGAGAGAGCGAGAAAGAGAGGGAGAGGGAGAGAGAGAGAGAGAGCCACAUUCCGAGCGGAUCACGGAUGCUUAUAGAAGCGUUGCGUAACGGCGUCAGGCGGACAGCGAAACCGCGACUUCGUCGUCGAGCUCGUCGUCCAGUUUUGACGACUUCGAGGGAAUACCCGGUACGUCCCGCGUGGUCCUCUCGCCUGACCCACGGCACCGACUCGAUCCUGCGGUGAUCGCCAAGUGCUCCCGAGUGCCGUGUGUGCGACGACGAGGUGCUAGACGCGCGUCUCGAUUCCUCGAGUAUUCUCGGCGAGGUCGGAUCAUCCCGUCGUACCGCGAUCGCGAACGGCCGCGGACGGCGGCACGUGCGUGUACGUGUGUGUGCGAAGAUCCGGUAGGGUGCGCGAAGAAGCGGCCGAGGCGUCGGAGGAGAAGGUGGCGGAUAAUGGAGCGACGUCCGGGGGUGGGCGCGUGCGGACGUUGCUGACGAGCGAGCACGAGCGCGACGAAGACGACGAUCACGACGAGCAAGACGACGAGAACGAGGAAGUCGAGGCAGCGGAGGCGGCGGAGAGGAGGGCCGACGACGAGGGAAACGUGGAAACGAACGACGGCCGCGGCGGCCUCGAGAGAUGCAGCAACAGCCACAUUCCGGCCAGCAACCGUCCGGGGCGCCGAACGGGGUGGCGGGGGGCGCCCAAAUGCCGCAAACAGGUGGCAUGAGCCCGGCGCAACCUGGCGCGACCGGCACCGCCACCGCGUCCGCCAAUCGGGCGCAGGUUAACGGCGGUAGAUUCGACUUCGACGACGGCGGCACCUACUGCGGCGGCUGGGAGGACGGCAAGGCCCACGGACACGGCGUGUGCACCGGGCCCAAGGGUCAGGGCGCCUACUCCGGCAGCUGGCAUUUCGGCUUCGAAGUCUCCGGCGUCUACACCUGGCCUAGCGGAUCAGCUUACGAGGGACAAUGGCAGAACGGCAAAAGACACGGUCUGGGCAUGGAAACGCGCGGCCGGUGGCUCUAUCGGGGAGAAUGGACUCAGGGAUUCAAGGGUCGUUACGGAGUUCGACAGUCGACCACCUCCACGGCGAGAUACGAGGGCACGUGGUCCAGCGGCCUGCAGGACGGCUACGGGUCCGAGACUUACGCCGACAGCGGGACUUAUCAAGGUCAAUGGCUCCGCGGUAUGCGGCACGGGUACGGCGUGAGGGCGAGCGCGCCGUUCGGCUUGGCGAGUCACUACAAGCCGCCGAAGCAGGUGAGAGCGUCCCUGACGUCGUUGAGGAGCGCGGACGGAGGGCCGGUGGUCGCACCGACGCCGGAGCCUACCGACAGGAGGGACCGUCGCGUGGACGACAGCCGAGGGGGCUUCGUCCUGAAGGCCAGGAGCGACGACCCACCCGCUCGGAGAAAGAGCCUGACGGAGAAGUCCCUGAAGAAGGGUAUCCUCUCGGGCCUCAAGAUACGAAAGCAAAGGAGCACGGGCGACCUGGAGAAGCGCGGUACCGGCGGCAGUAUUAGGAGUAACGCCAGCUCGGCGUCGUGGAUGUCGACGGAGAGCUCGCAGAGCCAAGCGUCGGCGUCGGUCCACACAGACAGUAACGCGUCCUUCGUCAUCGAGGACGAACAGAUGGACGCGUCGGUGACCGAGACGUACCUGGGCGAAUGGAAGAACGAUAAGAGGACCGGUUUCGGCAUAUCCGAGAGGAGCGACGGGCUGCGGUACGAGGGCGAGUGGUUCAACAACCGAAAGUACGGAUACGGCGUGACUACGUUCCGCGACGGCAGCAAGGAGGAGGGCAAGUACAAGAACAACGUGCUGAUCACCAGUCAGAAGAAGAAGCACCUAUUCCUGAUCAGGUCGGCGAAGUUCCGCGAGAGGAUAGAGGCGGCGGUGAACGCCGCCCAGAGGGCGAGCAAAAUCGCCCUGCAGAAGGCGGACAUCGCGAUCUCCAGGACGGCGACGGCGCGAGGCAAGGCCGAGCUGGCCGACAUCGCCGCCGAGCACGCUCGGGAGGACUCCGAGCUGGCGCAGCAGACGGCGAAGCAAUUCGCGCCGGACUUCCGACAACCCGGCCUGGAGAGAUUGCGGAACCGGGAGAUACCCAAGUACGUGCCGCCGCCGCAGGACACCGUGCCGGGGAAGAGUAUCCUCCACAAGACAGCGAAUGUCGAUCAGCCGGGGGCCACGCCGAUGAAGAGCGCCUCGUCGACCGUCGACUCCGCGACGACGGCGCCGACAAGCACGACGGCGAACGCGACGCCGGCCGUGACCGUCGCGGCGGCGAGCACCACCGCCAGCAGCGUGAUGCAAGCGAUACGCAGGGCCAGCAUGAAGCCGCCGAGUCAGCUGCCGCCGAUGCAGAACCAGAUACCGAACCAGGUGCCGCUGGCGAACCAGGUGCCGAUGAACCAGCUGAACGCGCAGACCACGCUGAAUCCGUACCAGCAGUACUCGCAGAACCCGGUGCCGACGAGUCAGUACCCCAACAGCAUACCGAACCAGUAUCAGCCGAACCAGUACGUCCAACAGCACCAGUACGGCCAGGGCAGUCCGUACCAGACGCAGUAUCAGCCGACUAAUCCGCCACAGGUCGAUCAGUACCCCGGUUAUCAGCAGCAGCAACAACCGAUCGGCUUCCAAAAUUUGCAGGCUUAUCCCAGUCAGCAGCAGAUGUUGAGUCCGCAACCGCCAGUUACGUACGAUCCGACGACACUCGCCCAAAUGAAUCAAUUUGGAGCGCAGCUUUACGGUACGGCAGUACCGAACCAGUACGGGCCCGGCCAGAUGAAUCAGUACAAUUCGCAGCCGAUGUAUACGCAGCAACCGUCGCAGCAGUAUCAGCCCGACGGUGCGAUCGCGGACGGAACGAGACCGCCGAGUUCUACGAGCUUACGAAGGAACAGCCGAGUGCUGAGUCCUCAGGAUCGACCGGGCACUAUCGGCCAAACGUUAAACGACAGGCUGGAUCAUUAUAAGAGGCCACCUAGUCGCGACAGUUCCGUGGAUCGUUACGCGAGAGCGCAUUCCCGACUGACCGGAUCGAGACAACCGUCCGUCGACAAAACCAUACCGAAUCCACCCACGGACAUGCUCGACAGAUCGACGAGAGCUCCGAGCGCGAUCCGGGCGGGAACGCCGCUGAACGGCUCCGUGGUAGGCAGCGGCGCCGCGACGCCGACGUAUACGGCGCCAACUCCUAGCCAAUUCGAAGGAGCCCUCAUAAAGAACCGAGGCCUUGGGCAGGACAUCCUGCCGAGUCCUGGACAGCCUAAGCGCACCGAAAGCCUCUACGUGGCUCAGUCUCGCGGACCGCCCGGCGGCGGCGGUGGCGGCGGAGGUGGUGGAGGUGGCGGAGGUGUCAUGCCGAAGGCGAUACCGGCGGCGGCAAUGCCACUUCAACGAAAGAAGUCACUGCCGGACGUGGCGCAGCCGAUCCAGCUAACAGCCACGGCGCCAUUGUCAAGGGAGGAAGUCAGUGUCCUGAGUAGCCUGAGGAGAGAGGAGAUACGCAGGCAGAUCAACGAGCACGAGAGACUCAGGGCCAAUCCGCUUUUGUACCUGGUCAGUCCUCAGGUUAAGGACUGGUUCUCCCGGCAGCAGCUCGUGAUGCUGGUGCUCUUUAUCAACAUAUCCCUAGCCUUGAUGUUCUUCAAGCUGCUGACGUAGCAGCCAGCCGACGAUCGGGUUCACGGACUCGUGGUGGACGUGACCUGAGACCUGGCGGCGUCGCGACGACGCCUUGGGUCGUCGCCGAAGCAGAAUUUCGACGGAGGCAACGACGGAGAGUGCGGCCGCACUGAAAACCACUGGAAACGACUUUGGCGAGCGAUUCGCUCGGUCUCGCGCGUCGCGAGGACUUCGCGCGGGAGAAUACCCGAAUUGGGGACCGACGCGAAGAGAAAGAGACAGAGAGAGGACUAGACGAAGAGGAUCAACCUCGGGCGAGGAUUUUGUCACGCGACGCAAACGAUCGUGAUCGAGUUCCGAACGAUAUCCAGGAUUACGAAGGAUCGCGUGGAUACUAAAUGACGGACGGCAAUCGGAGGGAGGCAUUCACCGAGACAGAAGCACGUCCUUCUGAGAUAGCGCGGGGAUCUAAAAUAGGCCCACUUUUGGCCCUUUGGAUGCUGUUAAUUAAAAAGGAUUUAAGCGUCGAGAGAAACGAGUAUUCCGAGCGACGUGACUCGAUGUCGGGUCUGAAAACGACGACUCCCGACGGAUAUAUACAUAUAUAUAUCUAUGUCCGGGAAUAAUAGGAUGUAACAAGCCGCCUUUAAUAAAGUUGUCUGCGAUUCGAAAAA